AGGCCCUUUUUAUUUUUUUCAUUAAUGCCUUUUUACUUUUACUCAAAAAAAAAAAAAAAAUCAAAAGAAAAAGUAUACGCGUUAAGUUGAAUUGGCAUGCUAAUAAAUGCCCACGGUUUUCUUUUUGGUCAAUCCUUAAUUCUUAAGGGAAACGGUGUUGUCUUGUGUAUAUAAGUAUAUAGAAAAAAUAAGAUUGAAUUUGAAAAUAGAGUGAGUUAUUAGGGAUCUAAAAUCAAUCUCCGAUGUAUGGUGGAACGGUAGCAGCGGGCAUCCAGGGUCAACCUCUAGAGGUUACCGUGGUUUCUUGCUCGAAAUUGAAGGACACAGAAUGGAUUUCAAGACAAGAUCCGUACGUUUGCCUUGAAUACGCCACCAGCAAGUUCCGAACAAGAACCUGCACAGACGGCGGUAAGAACCCCGUAUUUCAAGAGAAGUUCGUGUUGCCCCUCAUUGAAGGUCUUCGCGAAAUCAAUGUCGUCGUUUGGAACAGCAAUACCGUCACCUUCGAUGAUUUUAUCGGCACUGGAAGGGUUCAAUUGCAAAAGGUUCUCUCUCAAGGUUUUGAUGACUCUGCUUGGCCACUUCAAACUAAAACUGGCAGAUACGCAGGCGAAGUAAAACUCAUAUUGCAUUAUGCCAAUGCCAAAGUAAAUCCUCAGAUAUCAGGCUCAAGCCAUACUCCCUACAUGUCAACAACACCAACAGUCCCAUCAUAUAAUAAUUCUGCUCCUUACUACUACCCACAACAGCCACACUCUAAUCCAGCUCCUUAUUACCAUCCACCACCCCCUGCUGCUUACCCACAACCACCCUACGCUGCUGCUGCUUCGCAUUCAUCUCCCUAUCCGCCACCCUCAUCAUAUGCAUAUCCUCCAUCGGUAUCAUCUCCCUAUCCACCACCCUCACCAUACCCUCCUCCCCACUCCUAUCCGCCAUCAUCAGCUUAUCCACCACCUUCAUACCCUCCACCUGCAGCAGGUUAUCCUCCAAACGGUGCUGCUGGAAUAUACCCUCCACCGCCAUACUGACACAAAUCUGCUACUUUCUCAACCAAGGGACCACCAUGCUUUUCUAGAUGAUUAAUUUGUACAAUCUUGCCCAGAUUUUCAGUUUCUCAUAUUUCUACAUUAGGAGCAUUUGUUUAAGUUUUUAUUUUGUAGGCUUGACUAUCUUUCUGUCAUUCUAUUAAAACUAAGAUGUGGACUAGUGGCACCAUAUCAAUUGUUUAUUGCUUAUGAAAGUCAUUAUAUGCUCUCAAUUACUACAGUAAACAAACAGAACGUUUAGGCAACAACAGAGUUGGGUGAAUCCAAAAUGAUUAAAUAUCCAAUUUGGUCAGACAUGGAGAAUGACAAACUUGGGUAUUUACUCAUUCAUAAGUCAAUUAAUUGUUGUAUAUUCGUACCAAAUCUUUUUAUAUGUAGACAAAAGAUGUCAAACCACAUAAAAUUUUGCAUGUAAUUUUAUUUUCUUUGUGAUGUGUGUUCUCAUA